AUGAGCGAGAGGCGAAGAUCGGCGGUGGCCCUCAGCUCCCGAGCACACGCUUUCUCAGUAGAAGCCUUGAUCGGGACAAAUAAAAAGAGGAAACUGCGAGACUGGGAGGACAAGGGGCUGGAUUUGUCCAUGGAAAGCCUCAGUCCCAAUGGCCAGCUAGGAGACAAUGAAGACCCGACUCAGUGCCUGGACCUCAACCCCGACUCAGAGCAGAGUACUGGGUCAGACACAGAGGUACUGGCAGAAAGGACAUCCUGCUCAUUUGGCUCCCAUUCUGACCUUACAUCUGGUGGCUCGGGUCCUCAACCUCCUCCUCCUUCAUCCAUGGAAGAGAUCCAGGUAGAGUUGCAAUGUGCUGACCUCUGGAAAAGAUUCCAUGAUAUUGGGACAGAGAUGAUUAUCACUAAAGCAGGCAGGAGAAUGUUUCCAGCCAUGAGAGUGAAAAUUACAGGCUUGGAUCCCCACCAGCAGUAUUAUAUUGCCAUGGAUAUUGUGCCUGUGGAUAACAAGAGAUACAGAUACGUUUAUCACAGCUCCAAGUGGAUGGUGGCUGGCAAUGCUGAUUCACCAGUGCCCCCAAGGGUUUACAUCCACCCUGACUCACUGGCUUCUGGAGACACCUGGAUGAGGCAGGUGGUCAGUUUUGACAAGCUCAAACUGACCAACAAUGAGCUUGAUGAUCAAGGCCAUAUAAUAUUACACUCAAUGCAUAAGUACCAGCCCCGUGUUCACAUCAUCCGUAAGGAUUUCAGCAGUGACCUUUCUCCAACAAAACCAGUUCCUUCAGGUGAUGGGGUAAAAACCUUCAACUUCCCAGAGACUGUCUUUACCACAGUGACAGCCUAUCAAAAUCAACAGAUCACCAGGUUAAAAAUCGACAGAAAUCCUUUUGCUAAAGGGUUCAGAGACUCUGGGAGAAACAGAACAGGACUGGAGGCUAUCAUGGAGACCUAUGCAUUCUGGAGGCCUCCUGUGCGCACUCUCACCUUCGAAGACUUCACUACCAUGCAGAAACAGCAAGGAGGCAGUACAGGUACCUCCCCAACAACCUCCAGCACAGGGACCCCAUCACCCUCUGCUUCCUCUCAUCUUCUCUCUCCAUCCUGCUCUCCUCCAGCCUUUCAUUUGGCCCCCAACACCUUCAAUGUUGGCUGCCGGGAGAGCCAGCUUUGCAAUCUCAACCUGUCUGAUUACCCUCCAUGUGCCAGGAGCAAUAUGGCUGCACUGCAGAGCUACCCGGGGCUGAGCGACAGCGGGUACAACCGUCUGCAGAGCAGCACCACCUCUGCCUCUCAGCCCUCAGAAACUCCGUCCUUGAUCUCAGGAAUUCCUACUCCUUCCUCGCUGCCCACCAACGGCAAGAUGGAGGCAUACAGUGGCCAGCUGGGGUCAUUCCCCAGCUCCCAGUUUCAGUAUGUCAUGCAAGCAGGCAACCCUGCCUCCACCUCUUCUUCCUCACACAUGUUUGGUGGUAGCCACAUGCAGCAGAGUUCCUACAAUGCCUUCUCCCUUCACAAUCCCUACAAUCUCUAUGGAUACAAUUUCCCUGCCUCCCCAAGACUGGCAGCAAGCCCAGAGAAACUGACCACCUCCCAAAGCACUUUACUCUGUUCCUCCCCUUCUGGUGGGGCCUUUGGAGAGAGGCAAUACCUUUCGACAGGCAUGGAUCAUGGAAUGCACAUGAUCAGUCCUCCAUCCAGUAACCAGCAGGCAGCCAAUGCCUGUGACAACAGACAGUACAGUGCUGUUCAGGGCUCUUCCUCACAGAUGUCUGUGCACAUGGUCUAACAAGUGGCACAUUUCUUUGGAAGCGAAAGCCAU